AUGGCUUCGUCAGCUAGCUCUGACGAGGGCGAGAUCAUUGAAACCGGGGUUGGUUCAGGAGAUACUAAGGCAACUUCACUGCCUCAGAUUAAUGGAACUGGUGUUGACCGUCCAGACAGAAAUCGAGUCAGAUAUUCGAAAUCAAGAUCCCCCGAUUACGAGACUGCUUCGAGAUACAGCCAGAACUCCUCAUCGCGCCAACGCAGUCGCUCCCCGAGGGGCUUCAAGCGCUCACGCAAUGAUCAUGAGUUCUCUCGAGGCGGACGACUGAAUGGAGACCCGCGCCAAUUCCGAGUACAUUAUGAGGAUGCUCGUGAUUCGCGCCGCUCGCGCUACACCUACGAUGAUGACGAUAGGCCGCCGUCCCGCUCAUCUGCUUCGGGCCUUCGCUAUGACGACGGCGAUCGACCUAGGGAUCACGAUAGGCCACGCGACCAUAAACGCGAACGCGAUCGUGACGGCUACCCAGACAAGAGAGCAAGAAACCGCACAAGAUCACCUUAUCGUGCUCCCAAGGGCGGUAGAGACCGAAGCGACCGAGAUGGACGAGAUGGCAAUCGCUACAAUCGAGCCACCGAUAAGGAACGAGAUUCAUACGUUCGAAACGGUCAACAGGGCACACCGAGACAUGAAAUGACUGGGCGGACGGUGAAGGCAGGACGUGACGCUUACCGAAAUGAUACUAAACUUUCCACGGCAUCCGCGGAGGAAGACAUGGCAGCAUCAUUUGACGAUCAAGUUACAAUAACUCAGGAAGAGAUUCCCGAGGAAGAACCCCUUGACGAAGCCGCCGAGAUCGAGCGCCGCCGCCGCCGCCGCGAGGAACUCUUGGCGAAGAAUCGUGGUCCAACGCCAAUGCUUGUUCAAGCUCUGCAAGGAGCUGAGAAAGCUGCGGCAUCCUCUCCGGCUCACACUCAGCAGAGCACACCAUUGGUCACUGAAGGCAAUACUCCUCGCUCUGUGGUAUCGUCCCCAUCUUCUCCUGCACCAGGCAUGCAAGAGGGCAUGUCUCCCGCUGCACUUGACAUCGCUAAUGACCAGGACCUCAUCAACACGCAUGGGCGUCCGCAAACUGCUGAUGAUGAUGAUGAUGACGACGGACCCUCCGCAGCGGAUUACGACCCGACUGCUGACAUGAGAGAAGACGAAAAGCGCGAUGGGCUGCGUCAUGGCCAUGUAGGUCCUCAUGGCGAGAUACUACCUUCAGAUCAGAAAGCGGAAAUUGCCCCAAAGUCGAAACCACAGGUCAAGGAUUCUACUGAAGAUGAUGACGACGACGACUUUGACAUGUUUGCCGAAGAUUUCGACGAGGACAAGUUUGCUGCACCAAAACCUGUCAUUCAACCCGAGAACGUUGUUGAAGACGGCGCUAUCCCUGGAGCAAUAGCUCAAGCAGGUGCCGGUGCUAUUCUCGAAGGCGACGACAAGGAAGGUUAUUACAAGAUUCGUAUUGGAGAGAUCAUGAAUGGUCGCUACCAGGUUCAGGCAACUCUCGGCAAGGGUAUGUUCUCUGGCGUCGCCCGGGCCGUGGAUAUCACAAACAAGCAAAUGGUCGCCAUCAAGAUGAUGCGAAACAAUGAUGCUUUGAGAAAAGGUGGGUUCACGGAGAUUGCCAUUCUGCAGAAACUGAAUGAGUCGGAUCCGGAGAACCGCAAACACAUUGUCAAGUUCGAACGAUACUUUGAGCACAAAGGUCAUUUGUGCCUUGCUUUCGAGAACCUCAGCUUGAACCUGAGAGAAGUACUGAAAAAGUUUGGCAACAAUGUUGGCAUCAAUCUCAGUGCCACUCGAUCGUAUGCGCACCAAAUGUUUGUGGCUCUGGCGCACAUGCGCAAAUGUUCCAUCAUCCACGCUGAUAUUAAGCCUGACAAUAUUCUGGUCAAUGAAGCUCGCAAUAUUCUCAAAAUUUGUGACCUGGGCACCGCUAUCGACAAGUCAGAUGCAGCAACAGCACACAAUGAGAUCACGCCAUACCUGGUCAGUCGUUUCUAUCGAGCGCCUGAGAUCAUACUCGGUGUACCCUAUGAUUACGCAGUCGAUAUGUGGUCCAUUGGCUGUACCCUGUACGAGCUUUACACUGGAAAAAUACUGUUCACCGGCGACAGCAACAAUCAGAUGCUCAAAACCAUCAUGGAAAUCCGUGGCAAGUUUAGCACAAAGCUCUACAAACGUGGGCAGCUCUGGCAAAUGCACUUCGACGAUCUCGGCAAUUUCAUUAGUGUCGAGCGAGACAAAGUUCUAGACAAGACGAACGUGAGGACUAUGGCCAUCGUGAAACCGACCCGGGAUCUGCGCACACGCCUCACUGCGGCGUCUGGCGGUAUGAAUGAUGCUGAGACUAGGGAUCUCAACCAUUUUAUCGACCUACUCGAGCGAUGCUUGGCGCUAAAUCCAGACAAGAGGAUCACCCCAUCAGAGGCACUCAAGCACCCCUUCUUUUUGAGGGCAUCCAGCAGAUAG